UUUAUAUUGUUUACAAUUUCUACAUAUCUAUAUCUGCAUCCAUCUGACAACACUGUCUGUCAAGAAGAAGAAGAAACUUAACUUGCCCAAGUCCGCAUUUUCUUUGAAGGACAGUAAUAAUCUGUGUGUGAGUGACUUGUUAAGCAAAGAAACACAGUCGUGAUUGAAUUUACUUUUUAAAAUAUUAGUUUAAAUUAUUCAUAAGUUUAUUACAAUUGGUUGCGGGAUAUUAAACAAAAUGACCAGGACCAGCAUAGAACUAGGAGAUGUUACACCUCACAAUAUUAAGCAAUUAAGAAAAUUAAAUACUGUCGUAUUCCCCGUCUCCUAUAACGAUAAAUUUUACGUUGAUGUUUUGGAUGCUGGAGAAUUGGCAAAGUUAGCCUAUUAUAAUGAUAUUGUGGUAGGCGCUGUUUGCUGUCGCAUUGAUACAUCCGACAACCAAAGACGUUUAUACAUUAUGACGCUGGGAUGUUUAUCGCCCUAUCGGCGCUUAGGCAUAGGAACUGUCAUGUUUCAGCAUAUCCUCAACUAUGUAGAAAAUGACGGAAAUUUUGAUAGCAUUUUUUUACAUGUUCAAGUUAACAAUGAUGGUGCUAUUGAGUUUUAUAAGAAAUUUGGUUUUGAAAUUGUUGAAACUAAAAAACAUUACUAUAAACGCAUUGAACCCGCGGAUGCACAUGUUCUACAAAAAACUUUACGCAAAACAUCACUAAACUCGUCGAAUCAUGUUCAUAGUAAUGGCCAUUUAGAAAAGAAAGAUAAAAAAGCUUAAUCUGUGCUCACUUUAGAAAAUUUAAGAACAAACAUGCUUGCUUGUGGAUUCUGUUGUCAUUGGAGAUUUUAUAUAUUAUGAAAAAUAAAACGUCCUUACACGGACUAAAACGUUAGGACUAUAAUUGUAAAGAAAACAUAAACAAUGAACUAUAAUUUUUUAAUUUACUUUAUAUCGAUGGCAGAUGAGAGGUAUAUUAAUUUUGUUAAAACGUUUGUAUCGUCCAGAAAGAAGCAUUAGAGACCCAACAAAGUAUAUAUAUUUUUCAUCGGCGUCAAGUUUUAAACCAAUUUAAGUAUGUCCGUCUUUGUAAUUUUUGUU